AUGGAGGCCGAAAUCAAGUCCUUCCUCCCUAAUAUUGACCCUGUAAUCUCAGAGUAUUCAGCUGGAUACCUGACCCACGCCUCCAAUGCAUAUGUUCCUGAUUCCGAGUCCUCCGGGCCAUCGCCUUUAGAAGAAGCGGCGACAUCUAUUACAGCUCUUCUAGUGUCCGCAUCUGGCGAUCAGUCACUAGAAAAUGAGCUCAAGAUCAGCCAGCUGGUGAACAGAUGGGUGGAGAAAUUCAACGCCUCGGGGCAAAAUGGGCGACGACAGCAGGCGUCUUCGGCUGCAAAGCGGCUGGACCAGGCAAUUCAAGUGGGAGCCCAGCGGAACAUGUCAUCUACGUUAGGCGUGUCUACUGGGACUGUCGAUCUCGAGUCGGCAAACACGAGGAAAUUAGAGUCGAAGGUUGACAGGAAGAAGCUGGAGAAAGCGGAACGAAAGCUCGCUGCUAAGCAGAGCAAAAAGACUUAUAAAACUGUCGAAUAUGAGGCCUCCAGGCUACUCAAUCAACCAGAUGAAGCUCAGUCAUACGAAGAAUUUUUCAUGGCUGUUAAUCCUCUGCAGUUGGGAGCAAAUGCCCAAGGACAAAAGAGCAAAGAUAUCAAGCUGGAUGGUAUCGAUGUAUCUAUUGGCGGUUUGAGAAUCUUAACAGACACUAAUUUGACGCUGGCGUACGGAAGAAGGUAUGGUUUGGUGGGUCAGAACGGUAUCGGAAAGUCCACCCUUUUGCGAGCGCUGGCCAGAAGAGAGCUGGCCAUUCCCACCCAUAUUUCUAUUCUCCAUGUGGAGCAAGAGAUUACUGGAGAUGAUACACCAGCUUUACAAGCGGUGCUUGAUGCAGACGUUUGGAGAAAACAUCUGUUGGCUGAGCAGACAAAAAUAAUAAAACAACUAACAGACAUCGAGACGGGACGGUCUUCCAUGGCUGACACCUCUGCGGAUGCAGAGAAGCUCGACCGAGAGCGUGAAGGCCUUGACCAGACUCUUGGUGAUAUUCAAUCCAAGCUGGCAGAGAUGGAGUCUGAUAAAGCCGAACCUCGAGCGGCAUCGAUUCUAGCAGGUCUUGGAUUCUCGGCCGAGCGCCAACAAUUUGCGACCAAGACAUUCUCUGGAGGUUGGCGUAUGCGUCUUGCUCUUGCGAGAGCUCUGUUCUGCGAACCUGAUCUAUUGCUUCUCGAUGAACCGUCGAACAUGUUGGACGUCCCCUCUAUCACUUUCCUGGCCAAUUAUCUCCAAGGUUACCCCAGCACCGUUCUCGUCGUUUCUCACGACAGAGCAUUCUUGAAUGAAGUGGCUACAGAUAUCGUGCACCAACACUCUGAACGCCUCGACUACUACAAGGGCGCAAACUUCGAGUCUUUCUACGCCACCAAAGAAGAGCGCCGCAAGACCGCCAAGAGAGAAUACGAAAACCAAAUGGGUCAGAGGGCACAUCUCCAAGCUUUUAUCGACAAGUUCCGUUACAAUGCUGCUAAAUCCUCGGAAGCCCAAUCCCGUAUCAAGAAGCUGGAGAAGAUGCCCGUCCUCGAAGCUCCCGAGAGCGAAUACACAGUCCACUUCAAAUUCCCAGAGGUGGAGAAACUGUCUCCUCCAAUCGUGCAGAUGACGGAUGUAUCAUUUGGUUACACGAAAGACAACCUGCUUCUCCGCAACGUGGAUCUGGAUGUCCAACUCGACUCUCGAAUCGGUAUUGUCGGGCCCAACGGUGCGGGUAAGACUACGGUGCUGAAACUGCUCAUUGGGAAAUUGUCACCUACGUCUGGUCUCAUUUCACAAAAUCCACGUCUUAGAAUUGGUUUCUUCGCACAACAUCACGUCGACGCUCUCGACUUGACGACCAGCGCUGUGGGCUUCAUGGCCAAGACCUACCCUGGCAAGCAAGAUGAGGAGUACCGUCGACAUCUUGGUGCAUUCGGUAUCACAGGCAUGACUGGCCUGCAGAAGAUGGAGUUCCUCUCUGGAGGACAGAAAUCCCGUGUUGCGUUCGCCUGUCUCUCGUUGCAAAAUCCGCAUAUCCUCGUACUCGACGAACCGUCCAAUCACUUGGAUAUUGAAGCGAUGGACGCGCUUAGUAGCGCACUGGGGGCAUUCCAGGGUGGUGUGUUGAUGGUCAGUCACGACGUGACGAUGUUGCAGACGGUGUGUAAGAGUCUUUGGGUUUGCGAUAAUGGGACGGUGGAGAAGUUCCCAGGCGAUGUGCAGGCUUAUAAGAAGCGGAUUACCGCGCAGGCGGAUGCUAGUGGUGUUGUGCAGGCUCAUUAG